AGUUGCUGUUGAUUGCUUCGUUUAUAUAGGCGACGCUACCUCACAACAGUGGCCACGAUCAGCUCAGUGAAGGGCAAGCCAGCGAGAAGUUGAUUUGAAGGCAGCACAAACAAAUUUCCUAAAAACCAGAGGAGAUUCUGCACCGGUGGCCUAGAGGAUGAAGAUCAUCCCUGUGCUUGUGAUGGGCUGCGGCGGCGUUGGCCGUCAGCUCCUCCACCACAUUGUUUCCUGCCGACCCCUUCACGCUAAACAGGGGGUCCACUUGCGAGUUAUAGGCGUAUGCGAUAGUAGAUCACUAGUUGUUGCAUCCGAUGUGCUCACAACUGAGUUAAAUGACAAGAUUUUAUUGGAAAUUUGCAAUGUCAAGUUGGGUGGUGCCUCUUUAUCAAAUCUUAGUAGUUUUGGUGAGUGCAAACUAUUUUCCAGAACAGAAUCAACCAGAAACGUUAUUGAUAUUGCGACCGUUCUUGGUAAAGCAACAGGUCUAGCCUGUGUUGAUUGCUCUGCCAGUUCCGACACUGUUGGUUUGUUAAAGCAAGUGGUUGACUUGGGUUGCUGCAUUGUCUUGGCAAAUAAGAAGCCUUUAACUUCUACAAUUGAGGAUUACAACAAACUGAUUAUGCAUCCACGCUGCAUUCGACAUGAAUCAACUGUUGGUGCUGGACUUCCUGUUAUAGCUUCCUUAACACGCAUGCUAUCUUCUGGAGAUCCUAUUCAUCACAUUGUUGGGAGUUUGAGUGGUACACUGGGGUACAUAAUGAGCGAAGUUGAAGAAGGAAAGCCGUUAAGCCAAGUUGUUAAGGCUGCUAAAAACCUAGGUUACACAGAACCAGAUCCACGUGAUGACCUCGGGGGUAUGGAUGUUGCAAGAAAGGCUCUGAUCCUUGCCCGACUUCUUGGUCAGCAGAUGGACUUGGAUGAUAUUAAGGUCGAAAGCUUAUUUCCGAAAGAAAUGGGACCUGAUGUUAUGCCUAUUGAUCACUUUCUAGACAGUGGAGUUUUAUCGCUAGACAAUGACAUCCAGGAGAGAGUUACCAAGGCUUCCUUAAGAGGAAAUGUGUUACGUUAUGCCUGUAUGGUUGAGUGCUCAAGCUCGAGGUGUGAAGUUGGACUCCAAGAGUUUCCCAAAGAUUCUCCAUUGGGAAGAUUGAGAGGAAGUGACAAUGUGUUGGUGGUUUACAGCCGAUGCUAUAACGAACGACCUCUUGUCAUUCAAGGCGCUGGAGCUGGUAAUGACACUACUGCAGCUGGUGUCUUGGCUGAUAUCCUUGACCUUCAAGAUUUAUUUUGAAGAGACUCCUUUAUUAGCUUCAACCAACCAAGGUUAGUAGCUCCAUGUGAGCUCGAGGUGUUAAUUACUUGGACCGAGAUGCCACAUUCGCUCUCGGGAGCCCAUCGUGUAGUUACCUCAAUUUGUGGUAAGUACGAGAAAGAGAUUGCUAUCUGAAAUGCCAGUUUUUGAAGUGCUGUGAGUUGGAUUCCCUAACAAAUGGCCUAUGUUUGUCUUGCAAUAUGAGAACCUUGGAGGAACUUAAAGUUGCAAAGUUUUGGCUAAUUAUAUUGUUCCUGGGAUCUCUCAAAUCUUUUGGAUUCAAAUGAGCAGUUUCCAGCAUUUCUGGUAUGGAGAUUUUGAUGAUUUAAAACUGUUCUUUUCAAAUGAUUUAGACUGAAUGAAAGAGUGUUGGAAAUUCUAGAUUCUAAUGUUCUAUGAAGCUCUUUCAAUUCUA